CCAGCCAAUCAAAUCCUGACAGUUGACAGGAAACGUCAGACGUCCGCCCCCGGUGACCAAUCAGCGGCGGGGGGAGGCGGGUUAGUGCCCUCCGAUAUGUCACGUGACGCCCCUCAGUAGUUCCCAGGCGGUCGGAGCAGAGAGCCGGAGAUUAUGGAUCAGAGGGUCGGGUUGUUCAUUCUUCUCGCGUUGGGCCUCCUCUGCCUCACCUUGACGCCCGUCUCUCGGGCCGAGGACCUGAUUGAGGACAGUCUGGGCGACGACGUGGAUGUUGAGGAUGAGCUGGAUCUGGGUUUAGCCGGAGCCGAUGAGGACGACGACGAGCUGGAGGGAGACGUGGAGGAAGAAGCUCCGUCUGCUCCCAAAACUCCUCCCACACCGAAGGUGACCUACAAAGCUCCAGAGCCGAUGGGGGAACAUUUCUUCGCCGAGUCUUUUGACCGGGGAACACUUGACGGGUGGGUGUUGUCCAGCGCCAAGAAGGACGACGCUGAUGAGGACAUCGCCAAGUAUGACGGUAAAUGGUCGGUGGAGGAGAUGAAGGACUCAAAGCUGCCUGGAGAUAAAGGUCUGGUCCUGAAGUCUCGAGCCAAACAUCACGCCAUCUCAGCCCAGCUGCUGCGACCUUUUAUCUUUGACACCCAGCCGCUCAUCAUCCAGUACGAGGUGAACUUCCAGGCCGGUAUCGACUGUGGCGGCGCCUACGUCAAGCUGCUGACUCAGACUCCGGAUCUGGACUUGGACCAGUUUGUGGAUAAAACUCCGUACACCAUCAUGUUCGGACCCGACAAAUGUGGAGAAGAUUACAAGCUGCACUUCAUCUUCAGGCACAAGAACCCCAAAACUGGAGAGUACGAAGAGAAACAUGCCAAGAAGCCAGACGCCGACCUGAGGACGUAUUACACCGACAAGAAGACUCACCUGUACACUCUAGUGGUGAACCCUGACAACAGCUUCGAGGUGCUGGUGGACCAGACGGUGGUGAACAGCGGCAGCCUGCUGACAGACAUGACCCCCCCAGUAAACCCCCCGGCAGAGAUAGAGGACCCUGACGACCACAAACCAGAGGACUGGGACGAGAGGCCCAAGAUCCAGGACCCCGACGCUGCCAAGCCUGAAGACUGGGAUGAAGAUGCUCCCGCUCAGAUCCCAGAUGAAGACGCCGUGAAACCAGACGGCUGGUUGGACGACGAGCCCGAGUACAUGGGAGACCCCGACGCCGUCAAACCCGAGGACUGGGACGAGGACAUGGACGGCGAGUGGGAGGCGCCUCAGGUCCCCAACCCCGCCUGUGAGACCGCCCCUGGCUGUGGCGCCUGGAAACGCCCCACCAUCGACAACCCCAACUAUAAGGGCAAGUGGAAGCCGCCCAUGAUUGACAACCCCAACUACCAGGGCGUCUGGAAGCCGAGAAAGAUCCCCAACCCGGCGUACUUCGAGGACCUCCAGCCGUUCAGGAUGACGCCGUUCAGCGCCGUCGGUCUGGAGCUCUGGUCCAUGACCUCCGACAUCUUCUUCGACAACUUCUUCAUCACCAACGACCGCAACACGGCCGAGCGCUGGGCCACCGACGGCUGGGGGCUGAAGAAGGCAGCAGAGGGUGCCGCCGAGCCCGGUCUGGCCACUCAGAUGCUGAACGCUGCAGAGGAACGUCCGUGGCUGUGGGUGGUCUACGUCCUCACCGUGGCGUUACCUCUGGUCCUGAUCAUCGUGUUCUGCUGCACUGGAAAGAGGUCUUCAGGAUCAGCUCAGGGUCAGUUGAGUCUCACCAGCUUACAGGAAGAGUUUAAUGAUCCCGGACGUCCACCUUCCUCCUCCUCCUCCUCAGGCCUGAAGAAAACACCAGCCACGCCGGCAGAGUACAAGAAGACGGACGAGCCUCAGCCGGACGUGAAGGAGGAGGAAGAAGAGGAAGUGGAGGAGGAGGAGAAGGCUGAAGAGGCCGAGAAGAGCAGUCCAGAAGCUGCAGAGGAGAAGAGCGACGGAGAGGAAAGUCCUGUAGAGAAAGAGGAAGACGAAGUGGAGAAGGAGGAAGAGAAGGAGGCCACGGCCGACGAGAAACUGGAGGAGGACAUUCUGCGGAGAUCUCCCAGGAACAGGAAGGUCAGAAGGGACUGAUAUCUGAAUCCACAGCCCUGACCUCCUCACCUCUCCGACUCCCCUCUUCAGACAUCUCCUCUUCCUCCUCCUCCUCCUCCUCCUCCUCCUCCUCCUCCUCCUCCUCCUCCUCCUCCUCCUCUUCUUCUACUACUACGAGGCGACGGAGCCCGAAUGGGUUCAGUGGAAGCAGCGAAGCUGAAAGGAAACUAAUCGAGAUCUCUGACAUGGAUGCCUGAUGAUGAUUCCAGUAUGAACGGGACUAAGUUAGUGUGAUUUAGAGGAUUUUUGUUUUUGAAAGAGAUUACCUUCCUGCAUCAUUCCUUAACAACACCUAAGCAGACUCCAACCUCCUGGGCCGACGUCCUGCCUGCCAAACCGCCACCCUGAGCUAGCAGCUGCCUAAUUAGCCUUUUAGCAACAUGCUAAUAGUGUCUUGAGAGAUGAUUUGGCUGUUUUGGUUUGAGGUAGCCUGCCAUGAGUUUCAUUAGCCUACCAGCAGCCAGAUUGUUUAGCCACCAACUGUCAGGUCGGUACUGCUAGUUAACCUGCCACAAGUCUUGCUAAAUAGUCUUCAAGCAGAUUUGUUUACAGUCGACACGCAGUACUAGUAGCUCAGCAGCAGCCACGUAUACUGAGGCUAGCAGGAUUCACUACAAGGCUAGCUAAAAAAGGCUACUAAAAAUAAGUCCCUAAUUAGCCCCUAGCCUACCGAUUGAAUGCUAACUGGGCUACCAGUCAGGCUAACCUCAACAAGCCUCCUUAAAUAGCCCACAAACAGUUAGCUAAUUUGAUAGUCUACAGUUUGAAGUAACAGUCUUCCUGCUUAGGCUAGCUACAGUCGGCUAGCUAGCCGACUAUGAUGACGCUAAUUAAAAUAGUUGGUACCAUCCAACAACUGGUCACCAACCAGAACUGUUGGCUAAUUAGCUUAUGGAGAGGAAGCUAAUCCUCAACAACUUCACAGUUUGUCAUGCUAGCAGUUAGUGUGUUGGCAAAUUCACAAGUUAGCAGGUGUUGGGUGUUUUUUUAGCUUUGUAGGAUUCUGGAAAUGAGCCUGCCGGCAGUUACAAUGCUGAUUUAACAGAAGGGUAGCUAAUUAUCCAGCUAAUUAGCUCAUCAGGAAUCUAAUGUUGGUAUUGUUGUUAAAUGCCAUCAUUCCACUUGGACUACAUACUGCUAAUUUAAAAAAACGUUGUAACUUAACAACAACUAGCUGAUUAGCCUGAAAGAAGCUAACAACUGCCCUGUUGACAAAAUGCUACUUCACAAGUUAACAGUUGAUUUAUUAGCUUUUUUCUCAGUCUGAAAAUUGGCCUACCUGCAAUUACAUUGAUCAUAGGGAGCUCAGCUAGUGAAGGCAGUGCUAAUUAGCCUACUUAGUAGCUUAUCGGCAAUUUGGCUGCUGGUAUUGCUAUUGAAAUUGGCAAAUGGAAUACCAGCAUCACAAACAACUGUGUUUGCGCAUAUGCUAAUUCACAAGCUAACAGACGACUUAUUGCUUCCUAACUAGCUUAUGAGCUACUUGUACUGUCCUGAUGACAAGAAAAUCUGGCUGCUUUUACUGCAAAUUAAAGUAGCGACUACAACCGGGUGGCUAACAACUAGCUACUAACAGUUUCUAGAGUUUAUAAAUUAGCCCGCUAGCUGCCUGAAGUAACCCAGAAGGUAGAGAUUCGCCCGAGUGGCACUGAGCUGAUAUUUAAAAAAUACUGAACUGGGAACACUCCGACUUUCUCUUCCUCCCACCCUUGUUUUUUUUUCAUCUUUUUAUUUCUCGUGAUAUAAAAAUAAACGUGUUUUGUUCCGAAGCAGUUAGCUGCAUGUUAGCCGCAUGUUGGCUCCACUGGAAACAGCGGAAACGAGUCUCUUCGGUGUUCGUUGCAGCGGCGGUCGAUGGCCCGAACCGGUCCAAACUGGUCUGAACCGGUCCAAAUCGGUCUGAGCUUUGAAUUGUGCCGUUUCUUCAGAUUCCUGCUGCGUUUGUUGUCGUCUUCCGAACCGGUCCAAACUGGUCGGAACCGAUUGGAGCUUUGAGUCGUGUCGUUUCUUCAGAUUCCUGCUGCGUUUGUUGUCGAACUUUGUGGUUUAGAUGUCGUCGGAUCAGCGAAGCAGGUGACUUCUGACACUAAAAACCUCUUCACACCCUCUUCAUGUUUCUGUAGAUUUGACUUCAUGCUGUUGUCUUUGAGGUUUUAGUCCAAACUGGGUUAAUUCAGCCAACAUCUCGUCUUUGCAGCGACAUUUUUACAAUAAAAGUCUUCCUACCAACACACUGGAUGGUCUCGAUGAACUUUAACCCUCUGAACUCUCGUCUCGUUUUCUCAUUUUUCACUGCAAUAAAAAACAUCCUGACACAGUUCCGGUACCAGAAAAGCAUAUUUAUGGAUAUUUUACCAUUUAUAAUUUUAAUUUUCUGCAUUCCAACCUUGAAUUCCUUCAGAUUUUGGCUUCACGCAGUCUGGUUAAAGCCAACAAUUUAUCCAGAUUGUGUGAAAACCAAAAAAAAUUAACGCAUCUCUGCACAGUUGUGCAGAGAGGCACUAAUUUUUUUGUUUUUCACAAUCUAGUUAAAGCAAACCGUUUAAUUUCGAUGAAAUUUGUAAAUGAGAUGUGUAGAAACCAGUUGGUUUAAAGUUCCUGAAAGUUCUCGUUCUGUUUGUACGGUUUCCAGCGGAUAAAGUAAAUCACAUUUUGUCGAUUUUUCUGGGUUCAGAGGGUUGAUGAGACAUUUGGAGUUGACUUUUGUUUGUCAGGACUGAAAAUAAAAUAAAAAUAAUUGCACUACAGGAAAAAAACACCUCACCUGUCCGCCUCCACCAAUCACAGACGACUUCCUUCGCGAAAUUAAAUUUUAGUGUCCUCCAAUAACAGCCGAUGAAGAGCUGGAGAAAAAAGAACGGCUAGUAAGAGGAGUUGCAGUUACCGUCAGUGACCAUAGGUGACGCCAAACUCGCUUGAGGGAACUUGAACUCGUCACGUGACCCGGAAACGGCUGCCGAUUGGUUCCAUUGAGAUUAUUUCAUACAUGCUGUAGUGUAGCUAGUUUGUGUAAAUUUAAAAUAUCUAAAAAAAUCAACAGAUGAAUCGGUAAGACCUUAAUAAUAGUAAUAAUAAUCUGUAUUUAAAAAAGAAAAAUCUUAUUAAAUAUGUUUAUUAUUUUUUAACACUUUUGUCGUCGUUUGAGCUGAAACUGUCAAUCAGAUAAAAAUCAGAGAAAUAAAGAAAAUUAGAACCAAACCUCUUUUUUCUUCUGUGAUAAAUAAUUUUAGAAUUUUUUUAUUUGCUACUAUUUUUUGAUUCAUCAGCCAAACAAUUCAAUAAAGAAAUUAAAUUGUCUUUGAAGCAGAAGUUAGAGCUGAUUCCGGUUUAUCGACCUUCCCUGCAGCGCCACCUUCAGGACAUCUGCAGUUUUUCUGUCCAUUAAUUGUAAAACGGAGUCCAGUGUUCUGAUUGGUGGUUAUUGAUCAGGAGUCUGAUUGUGUCUUUGUGUCAAUGUUUCCCUCAACGUCUGUCUCUGUGUCGUUUCAAACUCCGGCUGGGAUUGGCUCGUCCCGCCGGAGAGCUCUGCUGUGAUUGGCCGGUGGGACUUGACGGGUUCAGACAUUUACUGGAGCUGCUUCCUUAAGGUCUGGGAGAAGUUCCUCCUCUUCUUCGUCCUCCUCUUCCUCCUGCUGUCAUCCGAUUGGUCCGGCCGAAGCUGCCUGGCUCCCAGACUGUAGACUGAACACUGUAUCUGCUGGUGAAACUUCUGUAACUCUGCUUUUUAUUUCUGUUUGAACUAACGUCCAGCUGACCGACACCGAGCUCCAGCUCUGAACGAAACGCUGUGAUGAUGGAGCCCCGUGUGUGUCUGUCUGUCUGUCUGCGUGUGUGUCUGUUUGACACGCGGUCAACAUUUGUUUUGAUGAAUUAAAAAAAAAGGCCAAAUGGAAA